AUGGCAGCGCAAAAAGCCAAAGACGAAAGUAUGAGCCGGACCUUGGCCAAUAUCCAACGCAAGAAGUCGAAGAAUGAAAAGAGAGAAGCCCAACAAGAAGCGGCCAAAGAAGAGCAAGAGUUCGUCAAGUACCGUAUCCAUGAGGUGUUGGCUAGGGAUGGUCCCAAAAGUCAUGUCAAGGCGACCACGGACGAAAAAUUUCCCAAAAAACCACCACCGGCCAACUUUGGCGUGCUUAAGUCCAAAUAUUUGCAUAUUCGGCCGGACCCACGGUUUGCUACUUGGCCUGGUAAAAAGAAGGGCGAGGUGGUUUAUGAGGCUAGGUAGGUCUAUUGUCUAUUGGUGUCUUAUUUUUGGUUGGUAGUGUGGGAAAGCAGGUAUGAGGAGGUGAGAGAUGUGUUUCGGCUUAGGCUUAAACGUAGGCUUAGGCUUAAGAUUAGGCUUCGGCUUAGGCUUAGUCUUAAGCUUAGGCUAAAGCUUAGGCUUAGGCUCAAGUUGUAGUUUGGGCUUAGGCGUAGGCUUAAGAUUAGGAUUAGGCUUAAGUUUAGGCUUAGCAUAGAGUAAGAUAAGGUAAGGUUGAAUUACUGUAGAAUAUGGAAAGAAAGAUUACGGUACAAGUGUAGAGGAGAUGAAGGUAUGGUAAGGUAGGGUAGGGUAGGGCUACGCUAUUAUAUAUGUUGUUAUAGAGCUCGCCGUAUGAAGCCGAUCGAAACAAAAGCCACGGAUCACUCCACGAUGUCGUCGUCAUUCAGUCGAAGUGUCAGUUCGAAGAAGUCAUCAGCCAAGGAUAAGAAGGAUAAGAAAGAUGUGAGUGAGGAAGGAAGGAAGAAAUUUUUCAUUUUUUUUAAAUUCUGAAUUAGGCUUACUGUAAAGCCUCAAAAAAUUUUUUUUACUCCGCCCAAAAUUUUUUUUUAUUUUGAGCGUUUUUGCAACGUAAAUAAUCUUUAAAAAAAUUAUUUUUAUAUUACUCCCCCACCCUCCAAAAAAUUUUUUUUUACCCCGCCCAAAAAUUUUUUUUUGUUUCACAUUUCCCGCCUUUCCCCAAGGCUUCAUUUUUAGGACAAACAACGAAGUGUGAUGGCGAACAUACCCGACAACGACGUGAUGGAGACGCUGAACUGCGAGGACGAGGAAGAGAACGAGAAGCGGAAGGGCGGCCAUCGUCGCGACAAUCCACUGGAGAAUGGAGUGCCAUUUUGGAUGAUAGGCUCGCCCCGGGAUCAGGACGAACUCACCGACGAUGACCUGCCCAUUGACAUGAGCCUGCUGGAGGAGGUGUGUAACAAAACCCGCAACUUGAAGGAUCCCCUCCCCGCCCGCGACAAGUUCCAUCCAUUCGCCACGGUCGACCAGUUGAAACGAAACGACCACUACUUUGACAAGGAAAUGCUGCUUAGUAUCACAGUCAGUAACAUAUUAACGUAAGGAUUGAAUAUUGGGUUUAACAGUGAAUUUUAGGCUUAGUACUGAAUUGGUUUGGAAAAACGCUUUUAGGCUUAAAAAAAGUUUUAAGUUUAGCAAGAAAGUUUUAGGCUUAAAAAUGAAUUUUAGGCUUAGAACAACGCUCUAGGUUUAGUACUGAAGUUUAGGUUUAGAAAAAACGUUUUAGGCUUAAAACUGAAUUUUAGGCUUAGAACAGAACUUUAAGCUUAAAACAGAACUUUAAGCUUAGAAAGAAGGUUUUUAGGCUUAGUAGGGAAUUUUAGGCCUAGAAAAAAAAUUUUAGGCAUAGAAAGAACAUUUUAGGCUUAGAACAGAAUUUUAGGCUCAGAAAAAAAAGUGUUAGGCUUAGAAGGAAAUUUUAAGCCUAAAAAAAUUUUUUAGGUUUAGGACAGAAUUUUAGGCUUAGAAAAACAGUUUUAGGCUUAGCAUGAAAGUUUUAGGUUUUGAGCAGAAUUUUAGGCUUAGAAAAACGUUUUAGGCUUAAAAAUGAAAUUUAGGCUUAGAACUGAAUUGCAGGCUAAACAACAAUCUUUGAACGUAUAAACAAAGUUUUUAGGCUUAUACUAGAUUUUAGGCCUAGCACAGAAUCUUGGGCUACUAUAAGGCUAGGACUAAGGCUAAGGCUAGAGUUGGAGCUAGGGCUUGGACUAAAAAUUUGAGUUUCAGUUGCCAAGAGAACACGCACGAGAGUGAUCCAAAGCGACGAAUGGUGGACAAGGAGAUUGUUUGGAGCAAAACCCUGACCGAGUACGUGUUCGACCCCACCAAUCGUGGUGCUGGCUACUCGAAACCUCAAACCAAACCGGUUGCCGAUAUCAAUCGUGUGAAGGGCGCCAAAGAUGAAUAA